CUCAGAUUCCGGUGCUGACGUCAUGCACCUGAGGCGCAGCUCAGCAUCAUGCAUGCGAUAUCUAGCUUGCGCUGAUCAUUCUUCCGCAAACGAAGCUGCACCUUGAGGCUUGAUCGUUGUUCACCUUCCUUGAAGUUGAGCUGAUUGUAUCGCCAUCAUUUGGCGAAAGCCUUGAAGAAUUGGCUUUUAUCAGGAGCGUAGAAGCCGGCGCAAAGCAGAGACGCCGUUCCCUUCAUCAUUUCACAAUGGCUGCCAGGGACUUCAAGCUUGCAGACCAUCCUGCAAUCCCGAGGGGUAUCCCUCUGAUGCUGAUUGUCCUUGAUGGUUGGGGUGAACAGCCUGAUGGCGAGUACAAUGCCAUCUCAAAAGCCAGCACGCCGAUCAUGGACUCCCUGAAGAAGGGCCACCCAGAUUACUGGCGUCUCGUAAAGGCCCAUGGACCUGCAGUUGGCCUGCCCCUGGAGAGCGACAUGGGAAACAGUGAGGUUGGCCACAACGCCAUGGGGGCGGGGCGCAUCUACAAGCAGGGCGCAGGACUGGUCGACUCUGCGCUUGCAGAUGGGAGCAUGUUCACUGGUGGCUGGAAGCAGAUCCAGGAAACCAUUGAGAAGGGUUGCACACUCCACCUUUUGGGACUUCUCAGUGACGGUGGAGUGCACGCUCGGCUGGAUCAGGUCUGGGGCCUGCUCGGUGGCGCCAUCGAGCGCGGUGCCAAGAAGGUGCGCCUGCAUAUUCUCACGGACGGGCGUGACGUUGCGGACGGCUCGUCAUUUGAGUACGUCGAGAAGCUGGAGAAGUACAUUGAGGAGCUGAACAGCAAGGGCGCCGACGUCAAGAUCGCGUCCGGGGGCGGGCGCAUGCGCGUGACCAUGGACAGAUACGAGACCGACUGGGAGGUCGUGGAGCGCGGGUGGCAUGCGCACGUGCUGGGCGAGGCCCCCAACAAAUACACCACCGCUGCGGAGGCGCUCAAGGACCUGCGCGCCAAGGACCCCAAAGUGAACGACCAGUACUACCCCCCUUGGGUGGUGGUGGACGACGCGGGGAAGUCUGUGGGGACGAUCGAGGACGGAGACGCAGUCGUGAUCUGGAACUUCCGUGCUGAUCGUGUUGUCAUGAUUUCAAAGGCUUUCGAUUUCGAGGAUAAGGACUUUCCAUUUUUCGACAGGGUGCGCAGGCCGAAGGUGACGCUUGCGGGGAUGUUGGAGUAUGACGUGGAGAUCCAUCUGCCCUCGAUCCACCUUGUGGACCCCCCCCAGAUCGAGGGCACCUCCGGCGAGUACCUCGCCAAGAACCACGUCCGGUCAUAUGCCUGCAGUGAGACCGUCAAGUUCGGGCACAUGACGUUCUUCUGGAAUGGCAACCGGUCAGGCUACUUCGACGCCAAGUACGAAAAGUAUGUGGAGAUUCCGACGGACAAGGGCAUUCAGUUCAACGAGAAGCCGCCGAUGAAGGCGGCCGAGAUCGCGGAGGCAGCGGCCGCAGCAUUCAAGAGCGGGGAGUGGGACUUUGUGCGCGUCAACUUCCCCAACGCCGACAUGGUGGGCCACACCGGCGACAUGGAGGCCACUGUUGUGGGGUGCGAGGCCGCCGACAAGGGGGUCGAGGUGUUGCUGAAGGCCGUGGAGGACGCGGGCGGCAUCUACCUGGUGACGGCGGACCACGGCAACGCGGAGGAGAUGGUGAAGCACGACAAGGACGGCAAGCCCGUGCUCACCAAGGACGGCACCCCGCAGAAGCUCACCGCCCACACGUGUGCACCGGUCCCCGUUGCCAUUGGCGGGCCUGGGCUGCCCAAGAACAUCAAGCUUCGAAAGGACCUUCCGGGCGCGGGCCUCGCAAAUGUGGCGGCAACGUUCAUCAACCUUUGCGGUCUCGAGGCUCCCAGUGAUAUGGAGCCUACAUUGCUUGAAGUCGUUGAGCAAUAAUCUACUUACUGGCAACGGCGUAUCUAAAAAAACACCAUCUGCAAGAUCCUUAUUACGUUGGUUGCGAGCAGCGCAGGUAUCUGAGCAUACUGCAAAGAAAUGUUGGACCAGUAGCUGCUACUAAAAGUCAGUCAAGACGUCAUGUCCCAGCUUGUACAUUCUGCCUAGUACACGAUUAAUGAAAUCGUGCAAACGCCCCGAUGCUUUCAGAACUUUGAAGGUGUUCAAAGUCGACAUGGCACAUAUUGGAGGUUCACCAGCGAUGUUUGCUUCGGUCUGUUAGUGUAGGAGUCACCGGGCGCGCUGCUGUCACUCUCUAAACGUCAGCCGCUUAAGG